GAAGAAGCUACGAGUGCUCCUGAUGUCAAUCAAGUUCAGGGAAUAGUAGAGGCUACACUUGUUAUUGAAGUCCCAGUUGAAACAUCCGAUCUACCCGUCCCAAGUAUACAGCACAGCGUGCCAGUGGUUACCUCCCCUUUGUCUUCCGAAGUAGCUCCACUUCUUGCCCCUGACGAAGCUGACGAGAAAAUAGAUUCAACAGCAGUGGAUGAGGAUGACAAGAAAGCGG